AUGUCAGAUCAAACAAAAACAAGUUUAACGAGUGGUCCAACAAAAAAAACUUCAUAUAAAGCCCCACUUCCAUUAUCACUCUCUCCUUCCUUAUUGUCUCGUUUUAUCUCUUUUCUCUUACCUACUACAACCAAAAGAAUUAAAGGUAAGUUCGAUGAAAAAUCUCAAGCUGUUAUAAUAUCUAACAGAGAAGACAUGGAACAAUUAUGGAAAGAAGGAUUUUUUGGUAAAGGUAGUUUAAGUCGAAGUGAGCCUACCUGGUUUUGGAGAAAUAAUAAUGGGAAAAAAGGAAAGGGUAAACAAAAAUUAUCAGCGGAACAAGUAACGGAACAACGUAGAAUUGCUAGGAAACGAUACAAGAAAGCUAAACAAGCUCAGAAUGUGGGAGAAGUUCAACAGGCAAUAAUUAUCAAAGAAGAUGUCAAAGUUAUCAAUAUGGAAUCAGAAAAUACUCAAGAAACAACCAUAGAAAAAUUAACCCAAGAAGAUGAGACUAUUUUAUCAGAGGACAUAGAGAACUUGAUUUUAACGACACAAGAAGCAUUCUUUUUAUCUUAUGGUUUAGGAAUAAUCGAUAUAUACGAUUCACAAGAUAAUUUAUUGAGCUUAGAAGAAUGUUGGAAAUCAUUUUAUACUAUAUCAAAUAAGAAUCUAAAUCAUGAUGAUUAUGACAAUGUGUUUAUCAUAAGAUACGUCGUAUAUCAUUAUUUUCGUAGUUUAGGAUGGGUUGUUAGAUGUGGUAUGAAAUUUGGUGUAGAUUAUGUAUUAUAUGAAAAGGGGCCCGUGUUUAAACAUUCCGAAUAUGCUGUGAUAAUAUUACCAAUUCAUUCAUCCCAAGAUUCAUCAAAAUCCUUACAUUCCAGCGAUAAUUUAUUAAUCGAUUAUCGAAGUAAUUGUACGAAAUCUUGGAGCUGGAUGAUGAAUUUAAAUAGAGUUUGCGUACAAGUAAAGAAGGUAUAA